AUGGUCGCCCACCUUCACCCGCGUUCGCGGUCCACCAUGUCGCUCUUCAGCGGCUGCCUCGCCAUCUGCUUUGCUGUUGUUGCAGCUCCUCACGUCCUCCCAUGUCCCGUCGACAAGACGCAGCUGGCCGAUAGUGCUGCUUCACCAGAUGGCGAGCCCCGACGCCGCAGACGCCGCAAGCAGUCCGCUGCGCCUCUCGACUCCGACCGACCAGACGACGACGAUACCACCAACAUCAACGACAUGGGCCGUCCCAAGCGCGAAUGCCCUGUACCCAAGCCCAGCGGUCUCAUAGGCCAAGUCAUGGGCUUCAAGCCUCACGAGCAACGCCAAAAUCCCACAAUCAUCAUCCAGACAUUGCGAAACCGACACAACGCACAAGACGCAGACUCGAGCGACAAGUCUUUGUAA